AUGGCAUCCAAAUCAUAUAUCGGUCUCCCUCCGGUACCGCAGGACCUCAAACCUAUCGCCCCCUUCCUCCAACGUGCUGAGGAGGUCAAGCAACAGGAUCCUAUCAUUUCGUAUUGGUGUGCAUACUCUGCUGCUCAGGUUGGUAUCAGCCUCAAAGCACCAGCUCCCGCCAACCGGACAUUCCUCGCGGCACUUCUUACUAAGCUAGAGUCCCUCCGGGUGUCCAUCGGUCCCUGUGACGCUGUUGAUGUCGAGGCCGCCUCUACCGCCUACGUCGAAAAUUUUGCUCUCCGUGUUUUCACCUCCGCGGACAAUGACGAUCGUGCCGGCCACGCGUCACUGACCACGGCCAGGAAAUUCUUCGCCGCCGCCACAUUCUUCGAGCUCCUCAAGCUCUUUGAAGACAAGACUGCUUAUGAAUCACACGAGGACAAGAUUCGAUACGCAAAAUGGAAAGCUGCUGACAUCAACCGCGCGAUCCGCGAGGGGCGUAAGCCCGUCCCCGGACCUGCAGGCGGAGAG